GCGUUUUUGAGAUCAACCACGACUGGGACGUCAUUGUUCAAGCGACAGAUUCCUGAAGCAAGCUUCGUGCUUCAGACUGAGCGGUGAGGCCAUCUUUGAGCUUCAAACUUGCGGUUGCUCACGCGCUUGUAAGUCCGAGUGGCGGAACUUUUACUCCACUCCUUGAAGAUGUUCGCUCUUUUAAAUCGUGAUUUGGUUAUCAGUGCUAAGGAUUUCAAGGGACAAUUCGUGAUACUGUAUUGGUGGAAUGUCAAGGAGAAUGGUUAAUUGUGUGCGCCGCAAGCUUACAAGUAAGAAGAGCGAUUUCAUGAGAGUUGAGCAGGUUCGGUUGUAAUAUCGGUGGAAGUUUUUACAGUGUAUGAAAUUUUGUUAGGCCAUCGACGUUGAAACAGCAUGGAAAAUCUUAUCUGAAACAAAUUCACAAUGGAUCCACGUCUCGAUCCCGACUAUUUGAAGCCCGUUUCGCUUUUGCCAACAGCUUUUCAAAGUGUCUUUCCUUUUAGAUAUUUCAACGCUGUUCAGAGUGAAAGUUUUGCUGAAGUUUUCCUCUCAGAUGACAACUUAGUAAUCUCUGCUCCCACUGGCAGCGGAAAGACCGUCCUGUUCGAGCUAUGUAUCCUAAGGCUUCUAGAGAAAUUUUUGACGACCGAAGGUCACUUCAAGCAUGUUUCUGGUGCUCGAAAAGCUGUAUACAUUGCACCAAUGAAGGCUCUUGUGCAAGACAAGCUCCGAGACUGGACUCUGAGGUUCAGCUCUUUGGGCGUAAAAUGUCAGGAGUUAACCGGUGACUCAGGACCAACAAAUGUUGGAGAAAUGAUAGAUACAGAUAUCAUACUGACCACUCCUGAGAAAUUCGAUGUCAUUACUCGGAGACAUCGUGACCGUGGAGGAAUGAGCUUUUUCGGAGACAUUGCCCUUAUCUUGAUUGACGAAGUCCACCUUCUCUCUGAAACUCGCGGUGCAGCCCUUGAAGCAGUUGUGAGCAGGCUGAAGAUGUUGGCUCGGUUUCCCGAAAUAAAGGGAUCCCCACUAUCAACUAUACGCUUUGUUGCAGUUUCAGCGACAGUUCCAAACAUUGAAGAUUUGGCGGAAUGGUUGCAUGUACCCAAAAAUGGCAUGAAAAGAUUAUAUUCUCCAACCGCUGGACUUACGUGCGACUCGUUUGAGUUCAGAUUUGGGGAAGAAUACCGGCCAGUGAAACUCACAACUACCGUUCUUGGGUACCAGCCUGCCAAGAACGAUUUCUUGUUUGAAAGGAGACUUCAGCAAUACCUUUUAGAUAUAUUAUUGCAUCAUUCGGAAGGAAAGCCAUCGCUUGUGUUCUGCUCAACUAGAAAAGGAGCACAAGACACUGCAGUUGCCCUGUCUCAAUCCGUGUCACAACAUGGCAAUCAUAAUCCCUUUGUCAAGAACUUGGAGCACUUUAAACGACUACAAUUGGCAGCCCAGAGGACAAAUGAUGUGCAUAUGCAGCAGUGCAUACGCAGUGGAGUUGGGUAUCACAAUGGUGGACUUUCAAUGGAGGACAGAGGUCUUAUCGAAGGGCUAUUUCUAACGGGAGAUCUUUUAGUGCUUUGUACGACAAGCACAUUAGCACAGGGUGUAAAUCUGCCAGCUCAUGCAGUUAUUAUCAAGUCUACUCAGUAUUAUAACAAGCUCAAAGGUUGCUAUGUCGAGUACGAACGUUCGGCAAUAUUACAGAUGAGUGGGCGAGCAGGUAGACCACAAUUUGACGAUAGUGGCGUGGUCGUUAUAAUGACGAGAAAAGAUAGUGUACAUUUGUACCAUAAUCUGCUAUCUGGGUCGGAACCAGUGGAGUCUCAGCUACUCUCUUCCAUUGUGGAGCAUUUGAAUGCGGAGAUAGUGCUCAUGACUGUAUCUGAUUGUAGUCAAGCUAUUGACUGGCUUAAAUGUUCAUACCUUUACGUGCGCAUCAAGAAGAAUCCACAAUAUUACUGCGUCAAGCAAGGAGUUCCACGAGACCAGCUUGAAAACAAGUUAAAGGACAUCUGUGUGCAGAAUGUGAACGAGCUUGCAAAGUAUGGCAUGGUUAAGACAGACGAGUUUGGUUAUGUUUUAACACCACUAGAACCUGGACGGAUCAUGGAGAAGUACUAUAUGCAGUUUGAGACAAUGAAAGCCAUUACAAAAGCUGCAGAGAGAGCGACAAUAGAGGAACUUCUUCAUGUUUUGGCCAACGCUGCCGAGCUGUCAUGGAUCAAGCUUCGACGGGAUGAGAAAAAAAGAUUGAAUGAUAUUAACGGGGACAUUAGUGGAAGAAUCAGAUACCAUGUCAACAACUCAAACGGGAAGUUGAAAAAAAGAAUACAAUCAGGAGCAGAGAAGAUAUUUAUACUAGUGAAUGAUGCUCUUUCUGGCGAGCCUUCUGUCACGGACUUCACAAUGAGUCAGGACAUUAAUGGAAUUUGUACGACUGGCACUCGCAUAUGUCGGUGCAUGAGCGAAUACUUCAUCUUCAUGAAAAGGUUCACAGAGAUACGAAACGCGCUUCUACUAUCCAAAUGCCUGAAGCAGCGACUCUGGGAAAGUACAAAGUAUCAGCUUAAACAACUUGUUGGCGUGGGCCUGGUCACGGCUAAGGCUCUAAUCACAGCUGGUGUAGAUUCUUUCGAGAAGUUAGCUAGUGCUGAUCCUCGACGAUUGGAGGCUAUUACUGGACGGAAGUUUCCAUAUGGAGAUCAACUGAAAGCGUCUUUGAAUGAUGCUCCACCGAAGGUCGAAAUGAAUCUAUUUGAAAGUGAAAGAGAUGAUCAGUGCCUUCUUACACUCCAUCGAGUGUCACAAUCACAGUCAUCAGGAAAGAACUUUCACAUGGCCGAAUUGGUGGUGGGAAGUAUGGCUGAUAACAUGUUAAUAUUUCGUGAAAGAAUCAGAAUGGAUCAAUUUACGAGUCCAUAUGCAGUGACUAUUACAUCCAGUUCACCCUCAGAUGAGCCGCUUGUGCUUGUUGCUGCUCUCAUUUCUGAGGAAUACGUUGGAGUUGACGUUGUUUGCAAAUUAGUCAUCAACAGAGAUUCUAGGGAUGACCAGCUGGGCUUGAAUGAAGAUUACAGACACCAAGGGCCACAAACUUCUAUGACACGUUUCUACAUAUCUUCCCCAUUUAAAGCAUCCUUCAGUAUUAAUGAUCUAGCCGCUUCAAGUGCGCGAAGUCAUGCAACUUCUGUGAUGUCUAGCCCUUUAAUUAAAAAUAAAACGCUAGAUAGUCCUCGAGCACAACAAACAGCUGCCUCCAAUAUACCCAUCAUGGAAGCUCUCAGUCGUUAUCCUUCAAGACAUUCAAACCCUUGUCCAGCGACCUUAGCUACGAGAAAUUUUCUGAACAAGAUCGGCACAGACAUCGAUGCAUCUGAUCCUUUGAAAGACACUUUCCUGAGAACCCUACCAAUUCCCGCGAAGACGGAAUCAAAUACGACACCUGGAUCAGAAGUCCUAGCAACUUGUGUGAUAAAGCCUUCGAAGUCUCCCUCCAGCAAGUCUGGUCAUGCAGAUCACUUUGAUAUCUUGACCACGCUCCAAUCAAGUGACCUUGUUGAGACCUCGAUUUGCAACUCUGUGCUCGUGCCAACUGAAACGUAUGAGAAGUCUCCCAGGACAUCUUCAUUUGUAACUCCUAAACGAAAAGAUCCACCCAGCUGUGCCCCGAGAAGACUUUUUCGUAGAUUAUGUACCAGAUUUGAAGAAAAUCGUAUGACGACCUCACUGCCCUCGGCGAAUGGCAAGACACCAAAUCCUUCACAGAGUGAAGAAGUGUCUAUCAAGUCUACAAUGUGCAAUGGAGGACCAUGUUCUAUGAAUGACAUAGGUUUCACCGAGAAUUAUGCGGAUCAAGCCACAACCUCUAUCCCCAGGAACGACUGCGGUAGUGAAAAAUCAACAAAAGUUACAACGCUUUUGUACAAUAGUAAGGUAAGAACACAUGACAAUGUUGAGUUGCAGGCAGGGGUCGUGUCAGACAUGACUCACCAGGAUUCUGGGCCAUCCGAAGAUGUAACAGCUUCAGCUCCACCCUCUUUGACGAGCUUAUCAACUACACCAGAUCUUCUAUCGUCUGAUAUGAGGAGAAAGAUUCGAAGAACUGGAUUUUCAAGCAUUUCAUGCUUUUCCUCUGUUAAAAAUAAUGAUCAAAGAAAUUCUAUGGUGACGCUUAACAUCGCGCAGCCUUCUAGUUGUCAACCCCGAUGUCCUGAUAGAAGUGAUGAACCUCAGAAUAUUAAACAUCGUUCCAGGAUUUUACAAUCUUUCCCUAGUAGGGCUCCUAGAGUCACUGAUGCAGUUGCUCAAAAUUCUCCUCACAGCAAGGUUUCUGAUCAGUUAACCCCGUGGAGAGCAACUGCGGGGCUUAUUCCCACUGGUAGUAGAUCUGAAGCCGAAGCAGAAUCUGACUUGACAAAUACAGAAACCAUAUCCAAUUCAUGUCAGCAGAAAACGUUAUGGAGAUCUCUUGAUAAUAAUCAUUUAACUAAAACGAAUUGUGUUGGAGCGGCCAAGGAGCGAAACUCGUUUUCACAAGGUCCGAAUAAUAUCAAAAUAACAAGCUCCACUCGAAGGUAUACCGCAUCGAGAUUAGAAGCUGCAUCAUGCGCCCUUAUUGAUAGACCUUUAAAGCAAAUAGCUCCUUACAAGGCUUUAAAAAGCUUUGAUUUUGGAUCUUCGCGGAAACCUCCGCCCGACGUUGCCAGGGGUGUGAAUCCUGCAUCAGAGAUUCCUGAGCCUUUAGAUCAAGCAGCUUCAAUCAGUAACACGAGGCUGAAAGCUGAGGAUUUGGGCUUCGUGACAGUUGAAGUACCUUCCAACCACAAUUCUUCCACUAAGAAAUUCAGCUGCCUCAGAUUUGACCAAUCUCACAUCACAGCCAGAUCUUCAAGUUCGGCGUUAGGGGAAUCCACUACAGCGCAACCUUCGCCGGCUGGCCAGCAUGAGUUCAUGGGCUACAAGAGCCUCUUCUCAUUCCUUUGAGCAAGCUCGCAGUUCGUUUGUAAGUUACUUAUGGUUGUCGUUAAAUCUUCUUUUGACCAUGAAGUAGAUCUACUUUUGUGGUUUUCCAGAACUAUACAUUCAAAAAAGAUCGAAAUGUUUUAUACAAUGUGAAAGUGAGAUUGAGCUCAAGCUUGAAGAGCUAUUUUAAAUGAAUUCGUAAGACCUGUUGCUGAUUGAUUGGGUUUGAUGAAUCCAUUCCCGUCCUAGUCUCUCCAGCUGAAGGGGUAUAACAGAGUACAAUGAGAAUCAAAAGCAUUGGAACAAUAAUCACUCCGGGAUGUCUUCUCAAAUACUUCACCAACAUGUACCCUCGUUGUUUAAAGAAAAAAGAGAGCAACAUAUGGCCCUCUGCUGUAUGAAGCUAGAAACUUACCAA